AUGAGCGGCAACACCGACACCGAGUUAAUUUGGUGUGAGAACACCAUUCAAGAUUACCAUGCUGCCAAACGAGUGCUUGAAACGAUAGAGAGAAAUCCCACCGCCUAUUUCACGUCCUUAAUCAAUAGCAUAUGCGCAAACCUUCACUCCAAAGGCUUGUUGGGAGAGAUCAGAGCGGUAGUUCCAUUGGAUCCACGCCAAGCUGAUUUAGCUGUUCCUCGACAAAGCUUUGAACGCGUUCGAGAAGCCUAUGGGGCCCUUGAAUUUGAAAUGCUCGGCGAAAAUGACCCAAUUUGGGACUUUUGGAAAUGUCUGGUUCCGGAUUCCCCAGUUCAGUGGAAAUUGCUUGGACUGGGAGACUUCCGCAGUCGAUACAAUCGUGUGCGGAAUCUUAUACUUCAGGAUAUGAUACCAAGACAAAGCAUGACACCAGAACUGCAAAAAUGGUUUGAUGACUCUUGUGAACGGCUUUCAUCUUUAUACUUCUCUCUUUGGCGCGAACUGGGAGCUUAA